CAGGAAUUUGUUUGUUGAUAAACAUCAAAGAACGGCACCACUACGCGUUUCCCCCAUCAUUUGCAAUCAUCACUCCACAUCACCCGACUCUAUUCUUCCUGCCCAUGAAUAGUUUUCACAUAAUUCCAUGGUAGAAAUGGAUUCAUCAAUCACUUUCAGCGAUGAAGUUCCUACUCAGAGUCAUUUGUCCAAAACACUAUGCUUAGAAUCGGCAUAUCAGGAGAGCCUACGUAAUACAGAAAUGAUUAUAAAGGAUGAAGGCGCACGACGAUUACGAUUACGGAUACUUAUGCUAGAGAACGAGAACGAUGAACUACACGAGCAACUGGCAGGGGUAGAUGUCAAGAAUGACUUAUUGGAGCAAACCGCCGGAGAUCUUCGAGAUCAAUUGAGCGAUGCACAGAAGAAUUUCAGGCGUCAAGAAGCCGAGCUUCGCGUUCAAGCAAGGGAGAUAAACAACUUGAAGGUGAAUAGUCCUGUCGCGAGAAAAUCCAUACCAUAGGGCUAGCCAGACUGACCAGGAAUAGGUGGAGUUAAUGUCGAUGAACGGCAUCACAACAGAUUCGGCGAAACUCCUCGCUGAAAAAUUGUCGCUUUCUCGCGAGCUAGCGACAUUGAAGCCCGAGCUUGACCACCUGCGUUCCCAGGCCUCGUCCCAACAAACCAUUCUCGCGGAGAAAUUGGCUCUACAACGACAAGUCAGUACCUUGGAAGUCGAGCUCGAGACCGAAAAACGCGCGAUUAAGCGUGCAGCACAGAGGAGCCAAACCAGCGAGAGAGAGACGGAACUUCAGACCCAACUGGAUUCCCUUAAUAAAGACCUCAUCCGAGAGAGAUGGGAGCAGAAUAAGGCACGCAAGGAACUGGAGAUGGGUCUUCAAAGCCAGCUGGGCGAGGCCCAGAAAGCCCUCACGCGAGAAAAGCGAGGCAAGGAAAAGGCGCGAAAGGAAGUUGAAAUCGACUUGCAGAACCAGAUCGAGGAACUAAGAAAUGAACUGGCACAGGAGAAGCAGGGCACGGAGAGCGCAUAUAAGGAAGUUGAGGUCGAUUUACGCAAUCUGGUUGCAGAGCUGCGGAAGGAGCUAGCCAAGGAAAAGCGAGGCAGGGAAAUGGAGCGUAUGGAAGCGGAGACCGAAUUGCAGAAUCAAGUCGAGGAGUUGCAGAAGGAACUGGCACGAGAGACACGAGGGAAAGAAAGCUCUCGGAAGGACGUUGAGGCAGAGUUGCUAGGGCAAAUUAACGAAGUCAAGACUAAGCUGGCGAACGAGGUCCUUGAAAACAAACGUGUCCGCAAGGAAACAGAGAAGGAAAUCAAGACUUUGCAUGCUCGAGAAACAGUACUCGAGAGCAAAUUGGACCAGUUUCGGACAAAAUUACGGGCCACCAAGGAGGAAUUGAAGGAAUGCCUCGCUGAGCUCAGCAAUGCUCGAGCAACAGUAAUGAAGACCGAGACCACUGUGAAUGGAGGAGAUAUCUCUGAGAGAAAGGGACGGAAGAGAGGUGCAGUCGAGAUGAGCACCGAUGUGGAUAUUGGCACACCAGAUGGCGUGGCGAAGAGAGGAAAGCGAGCACCGAUCAAACGAGGUCGAACGGAUCAGACCAUGGUUGGUGAGAAGUCGAUGUUUUCCAUAACGCCCUUCCUCAACCGAACUACCAACAUGGCACCAGAUACACCUGACCAGGAUGGAGAUUCCGGAAUUCUAGAGGCCGAAAUACAGCCAGGAGGAACCGACGAUCGGGGAAUGGAAAAAGCGCAAUACGAGCAAUCUGGUCACCCUACUGACGAUGCCCCCCCAAUCACUUCAGUUGAUACCAACCCAAAAACCCAAAGGAAAGCUGCUACCAAGCUAUCAGCUACAGAGAAGAACAUUCUUGGAGAGUCCAAGACUAGCGCCAAGAAUAAAAAGCCAGCUUCUAAGAACGCUACCAGAGCCAUGAGUACAUUGGAGCAGGUGGCUGAAGAGGAGGACGAAGAAAACGAGGGUCCCAAAGCUGCAGUCACAGUUUCGAGCAAAGCUGCAAACAUGCCUCUCAAGUCAGCCAAUAUCAAAGCUUCCCAGCUUCAUGCGAAGAGACUCGACGUUGAAGAUGGUGGAACCAGAAAGAAGAAACGCAAGUUUCUGGGAGGGGGCAGAACUCUGUUUGAUGAAGAAGAUGGGGAAGUGGCCAAGAGACCUGCUAAAGUCGCCCUUGGCCCUCCUCGACUACUGGGUAAAGGAGGGCUUCCCGGCCCCAGAGUCUCGCAUAGUAUCAUCGGUUCUUCUAGCGCAUUUAGUGUAUUCUCUCCUUUGAAGAAGGAUCGUCGAGGUGUAGGAGCAAGUUUUUUGGCAUGACCUGUUGUAGUCGUAUUGCAUCAACUUGAAGCUGAAGUACAUGGGGCUGGAAUGCACAGCCUUUUCGGGGUCGUGGGGUACUGGAUUGUGUUCUUGAGAUUACGUGACGGCUCAAUGAAAAUGCGCAACGUAUAAGAUGCCACGCGGAUUCUAAAUGAAUAUUUCGUGAUCUGUCCUUGGGACUAUUAUAGACAUUAUUAUCUCAAUGUAUACGCUAUCUUGUGUAGAAGAUAAAUUCCUGUCGAAAUACGUAAGCAGAAACAUAGCCUGGAAAUGUGCCCAGUAUGUCUUUCAACGUGAUUGGUGAUUUUUAUUCCCUGUGGACAGCCCAGCCUUGCCAAAAUAAAACAUGCACAGCCUUUCAAUUCAGCCUUGUCGUCUCGCACGGACUGCUCUCAAGCAGGAAAUUGAGAGAUUCCCCACUGUCUUCACUCCAUC